GAGAGAGAGAGAGAGAGAGACUGAGUUAGCUCUGCAGUGGCUUCUCAGGUAGAUUUGGGAUCAGAGAACCACAAUGUGGUUUCUAAUUCCACUUUGCGUGGCACUGCUCUCACUAUUGAACGGAGGAUUGAUCAAAGGACAACAAACAGGUUUUACAACAACUUUUCCUCAAUCUGCCACAGGACAAACCACUGCAGAAGUUACUGGCAGCCGCCCCAGUUACGACCCCUGCAAUAACUACACUUCUCUGGAUCAACCCUGGAGAGCCAACAAUGAAACUGGAUCAGGCAUCUGUGACAGAAACUUCAUCUGGAACGGCUGGUACCGACUGUUCUUUUAUGGGAUGAACAUCCGUAUGGCAGAGAGCUGUGUUCCUACAUCUAGGUGUGGUAGUUACUACACUCUGUGGCUCAAUGGUCCUCAUCCUCAGAUAGAGGACGGAGUGGUCACUCGCCAAGUCUGUGGGAAUCAAGGAAGUGACUGCUGUUAUUUCACAUCUACCCAAAUAAGAGUGAAAGCAUGUCCAGACAACUACUACAUCUAUGAGUUUGUUCGUCCAAUCUACUGCAAUAUGGCUUACUGUACAAGUAAUGUAUUCAUGCUUUCAUUAACAUCUUGUUUUUAUUGA